AUGCUUUUCUCCGCAAUCCUUCUUGCGUCGACCGCAUCUGCGACAUGCCUUCACGGUCUCUCCAAGUUCAAGCGCGCAGAAACCGUCGAGGUUAACACCUUCGGUUAUGGCCCUAUGAAUGGACCCUUCAACUGGGCUUCUCUUGCUCCUGAAAAUGAAGCAUGCAAGGCCGGGAAAAACCAGUCUCCCAUUAACGUUGAUGCCUCCAUCACCGCGGCUUCCUCUAAGCCCACUCUUGACAUCCCCUCUGCUGAAGUAAUCUUCGAGAACCUCGGAACGACGAUCGAAGUCGUUGUCAACGGCACGACCAGCUUCGCCGGUACCAACUACCGUCUCGUCCAGUUCCACAUGCACACCCCCUCCGAGCACCACGUCAAUGAUGAAUACUUCCCCCUGGAGAUCCACAUGGUCCACCAAGGCAUCGACGAUGAAAGCCAACUCGCCGUUAUCGCACUCAUGUUCGAAGUCUCUGCCGGCGACUCUGCUUCUCUCAUCCAAUCGCUGUCAUCCUCCCUGCCCGCUAUCGCCACACCCGGAACCAGCACUACCAUUGCGGACGGUAUCGAUUUCACCGACGUAAUCUCCACGCUCAAGACCUCGGACAUCCAGCAAUACAGCGGUUCGCUCACCACACCUCCUUGCGCCGAGGGCGUAACCUUCCUCAUUGUCAAGGAGCCCCUCGCCGUCAACGUCGACGACUUCAACGCCAUCAAGAAGAUCGUCAAGUUCAAUUCUCGCUUCAUCCAGAACACGCUUGGCGGUCCCAACAUCAUCGAGAUCGGUUCUGCUUCUGGUAACGCCUCGACUACUCCUGCUGCUGCUCCCAUGUCGAGAUCCAACAUUGAGAUUUCCGCUGAUUUGCCCCUUGUUAACGCAAAGGUUGGCAUCAGUGCUGAGGCUCCCGCUCCUGUCCAGAGGCGCGUGCGCAAGUACUAG